UUGCUUUCAGAUGCCUUCUCAUUUGGUGUCGGCACGAUCACUACAAUCCCAGCUGUGCAGAUAUUUUGUAUCUACACCUGCUGCGCCCUUGUGCUCACCUUCUUAUAUCAGAUCACAUUCUUCUGCGCUCUUUUGUCGCUGGCCACGAAAUGGGAGGCAGAGGACCGGCAUUGUCUGUGGCUGAAGACUACAAUACCACCCAAGGCGAGCGCAAACACCCCAGCCUUCCACUGGAUUUUUUUUCAAAUGGCAAGUCGUUUGCAGGUGGCAGCAUCGGCGUCAACUCGACUCCUGUGGCUCGGAUCACGUUCACAUCCCGAUCCAAUGCACGAAUCGAAUCGGAAGCGCUGUUCGGCUACAAAAUUCUUCCAGGAUUGGUACGCACCGAUUCUCAUGCAACCGGCAAUCAAGGCACUCGCCGCUCUGUGGUACUGUAUUUACGUUGGAUUUGCUAUUUAUGGCUGUUUCCACCUCAGGGAAGGACUCGAGCCGGUCAACCUCUUGGUUGAUGACUCCUAUGCGAAGCCUCACUAUCUCUCGUUGGAAAGGCAUUUCUGGCAUUACGGUACCACUCUUCAGAUCGUGGUGAGUAGAGCUCCGGAUCUUCGCAACCGUGAGGAACGGUCCCGGAUCAACUCGAUGGUCUCAUCGUUCGCCAAUGCUCGCCAUGCCAUCGGUGAUCAGAGCAUUCAGUUCUGGAUGCAUGAGAUGGAACGCUACUAUCGCACCGAAUUGAACACCACUAUAAAAGAUGAGGCAUUUUACGAGAUGGCAUCUCAUUUCCUCUAUACGCAUGAUUCUGACCCAUGGAUGGAAGACGUGAAGUGGAGCCUUGAUAAGCAGGAACGCCCAUAUAUCUCCGCCUUCAGGUACGGUGCAAACUGUUAA